AGGAUCGAAAUUGAGUUAUUGAAUAAGAUUAUGGGUGUACUAUUUAGUUAAAUUAAUUAUAAUAUUAGUUUAUAACUAAUCAUCGAUUUUAUUAAUUACAAAGCAUCGGCCAAUCAAUAUUAUCAAUGGAAGCGAUGGAAUUCUCAAGUUCGCCUGAGGCGGAUGGUCAAGGAGUAUUCCAAACAGUCAGAGUAGAGACCGAAGCUCUUCCUCCGAUCGUGGAGUUGGGCCGCAAGCUGUUGGCUGAGGCUCAGGGAGGAGAUGCUGAUGCAGUGAGAGAUCUCAUGAAACAAGGUGCUCCCUUCACACCUGACUGGCUGGGUACUAGUCCCCUACACUUUGCGUGCCAGUACAACCAUUAUGACGUGGUAGAUCUGCUUCUCAAAGCUGGCAUAUCGAAAGACGCAAGAAACAAGGUCGACCGAACACCGCUUCACGUAACUUCACAAGAAGGCCACAUCAAGAUAUUGAAGCUCCUGCUGGACUAUGGUGUGGACGUGGACGCUACCGAUAUGCUAAAAAUGACGGCACUUCAUUGGGCUGCGGAAAACGGACACUUGGAAUGUGUGAGAUUACUGCUAGAACAUGGAGCCGAUCCUAUGGCUGUGAACAAAUUUGACAAAACACCCGACCAGAUAUGUUUUGAUAAUGACAGAAUGGACAUUGUGCACUGCAUACAGGAAUAUUCAGACAAUCCCCUACGAGACGUUCAUAGGAAAGAAGCUAAAGAGAGACAAAAACAAGCGGCAGCAGCACAUAAAGCAGCUCUUGAAGCGGAAAAGGCCAUCAGCAAAGCGCCAGUCAAUAAGUUAGUGGUUACUGCAACUGGAGAAAAAAUAUUAAAACCAAUUGGCGGUCAAGAACUAAAGGAAGUCAGAAUUCUGAAGUUGCCGAGAGUCCAAAGAAAGUUGGCUAACCAACUUGUUAUUGAAAACACGCUGAAUGGUUUGCAGACUUCCACAAAGAAGCAGAUUCCUAAUUCUGUUCCAGUCGUACCUCAACUUUCUUUGGAUAAUCGAGAAAGAACUCUACAAUUGCUUCAAGCCCAUGGUAUCACAAUGUUACCCACAGAUGAGUCCACGACUGUAGCCUCGGCGGUGCAGAACGGCCAGAAAGUUAUGUUGACAGAGGCAGGGAAAAUGGCGUUGAACCUUACUGAAAAGCCGACCACUCUGAAACCUGCAACACCCAUGACCAUGUUGAAGCUAUCCCAGGGUUUGUUGAAUGGCAAGAGAGUGAUUAGGAUACGACCCGAUCAGCUGAUCAACAUGAAGAACUCGCAGAAGGUCAAAAUCAUACACACUGACAAGAAGUUAAAACCAGCUGUCGUGGGCAACGUUCAAACACAGAGGCCGGUCACAAUGGCGGGUAAGAAAGUGGAAGUGUUGGUUACAAAACAAACCAUCAACAACCAGACACAUUUAACAUCGUCAGUAGUAGAGAAACCACUGGACCUGAACUCUUCUACGCUCAGCCUUGAUAGGCUGUUGGAAGACCACUUAGAUAGUGAAGAUGGAAGUCAAGUUACCCCGGUUACCUCAAUAAGUGCAUCGGAGGUCGAGAAAAUGAGGCUGCAGAACGAGGUGGAAGAAUUAAAGAGACAAUUGAAAGUAUCACAAGAAUUGUGUGCAAAAAAUGAAAGAGAAGCACAAUAUUAUAAGUUAAAAGCCCAGGAGUACAAGAGUCAACUUAUGAAAAUAAACUGUGGGCAUUGAACUGUGAUAGUUUGUGAAAGACUGUGUAACUAUAGGCUACUUUAAAAAUUGACAAAAUAAUGGAUUUUUAAGUUACAGUUUUGAGACUUGAAUUUCUGUUCGUUUUUCCGCUGGUCCAAUAAACAAGUCAUCCCAUUUUGUUCACCAUAGAACUAGCGUAAUUUUUAAUUACUUAUCUGACGCUCACAGAUGUCAAGCACAAAUUUUAACAGCAAUAGAAUGUAAUUAAGUAUCCAUAACCAGUGCUUUGUUUCAUAUGGAUUGU